GGCUGCCCGACAAAGAUGAAGCCGGAGGGCGACCAGAGCCCCAGAAUAUGUCCCCGAUGCCACAAUGCUGGAGUCAUCCGCGUCAAGGCCCGCUCAUGGUUUGAGCUGUGCUUCGUGCCUCUCAUCCCCCUGUCGUCGAAAAUUGAGUGGCUCUGCACCGUCUGCAACUGGCACGUCCCUAUGCAGCCCAAGUAA